GUUCUUUCUUUCGCGUAUUCGCGAACAAACGUGCGAGAGGAGCUAGCCAAGGGCAAGGGACACAGUUACAGCUCAGCCUCAGUACAGGCGAGAUUGUAGUAUAAAGUGCUGUUUUUUAGUUUUUCCGUGUAUUUGUGUGAUUGAUCAAGAUGUCUUACUGCAAGUUUAAAGCCUUCCGACUUCGUGAUGUCUCUAACAGAUUGCAGUGCUGUUCAUGGAGGAAUUUAUUUGUCGCUGAUCAUCCGACAAAAUCAUUAAUCCAUCGAACCACUCUUGUCCGCCACGCCAGCGGAGUCGGCGUGAACGUGAGGACCUCUCCGCUGUUUGCAGGAAGAAUGAAACAUGACACGAAAUCUCAUAUUUCAAGACGUUUAACGAGCCAAACUAGGACAAAUUUUUUCAGUGGACAUUUAACAAGUCUUGGUGCACUUGAGCCGAAUAUAAAGCAGAAUGAAAAUUCUGUGUGUCCUUCCACUUCCAGAUCAAGUAGAGUUUUAUCGAGAUCGAUUUGGAAAUGGAAUGGUGAGAGGGGGAACAAUGGAUUGGGAGGAGGAAGAUCUGGGAAUGGAAAUGGGGAGGCAUCCAGUGGAGAGGGCUCCGAUGGAGACAAUGGAAGCCCUGCAGGAGGAGAUGGAGCAGAAGAUGGAGGGGAGUACCCACCUCCUCCACCAAUCGUCUCCUUGACUCCGAUGACGAUCCCAGAAGACCUUUCUCCAGUGCCACUGAUUGCUGUCCCGAGAAAUCCAGUCUUUCCUAAAUUUAUCAAAAUAAUUGAGGUGACAAAUAAACCUCUGAUGGAAAUAUUGAGGAGAAAGUUAAGAUUAGCUCAACCCUAUGCAGGAGUUUUUCUGAGAAAAGAUGACAAAGACGAGACAGAGAUUAUUCCCGAUCUGGACUCGGUUUAUGGUGUCGGAACGUUUGUACAGAUUCAUGAGAUGCAAGACCUUGGGGAUCGUCUUCGUUUAGUGCUCAUGGGCCAUCGUAGGAUUAAGAUACUUGGUGUGGCAGAGGAGGUUCAGGAGGCCGCCCCGAAGGCCGCUCCGGAAGCCGCCCCAGGAGUGGAUGGUGAGACUCAAGUUGACAAGGCACAGCCAUUGGAUGAAACCGUUACAGCUUCUGAGGAGGAAGAGCAGACUGAGUUACACCUUGACCAAGUACUCAUGGUUGAGGUGGAGAACGUGAAGCAUCAGACGUUCAAGACAACAGAGGAAGUCAAGGCCCUAACAGCUGAGGUAGUGAAAACCAUACGUGACAUCAUUGCAUUGAAUCCUCUCUACAGGGAAUCUGUCGCCCAGAUGAUCCAAGCCGGUCAGAGAGUUAUAGACAAUCCAGUGUAUUUGAGUGAUCUUGGAGCUGCACUGACUGGAGCUGAGCCAGAAGACCUGCAAGAAGUUCUUGAGGAAACUGAUAUUCCAAAACGUCUUCUUCUAGCUCUCAAUCUUCUGAAGAAGGAAUAUGAACUAAGCAAGCUACAGCAAAGACUAGGCAAAGAGGUGGAAGACAAAGUGAAAUCAGCUCAUAGGAAAUACAUGUUGCAAGAACAACUGAAGAUUAUUAAGAAAGAACUUGGUCUGGAGAAGGAUGACAAGGACGCUAUUGAGGAGAAAUUCAGGGAAAGGUUAAAGGAAAAGACAGUACCUAAAGUUGUGAUGGAUGUGAUUGAAGAGGAAAUGAAUAAACUUUCUUUCUUGGAUAAUCAUUCGUCUGAAUUCAGUGUAACAAGGAACUACUUGGAUUGGUUAACCACGUUGCCAUGGGGACUGUUCAGUGAGGAGAAUGUGGAUCUAAAGAGAGCAAGGGAAGUUCUGGAGGAGGACCAUUAUGGGAUGGAUGAUGUAAAGAAUAGGAUACUGGAAUUUGUAGCCGUAAGUCAACUGAAGAAGUCAACGCAAGGGAAGAUCUUGUGUUUCUAUGGACCCCCUGGUGUAGGCAAGACUAGUAUAGCCAAGUCAAUAGCAAGAGCACUCAACAGAGAAUAUUUCAGAUUUAGUGUUGGAGGAAUGACAGAUGUUGCUGAAAUCAAAGGUCAUAGGCGGACCUACGUUGGAGCUAUGCCUGGAAAGGUCAUCCAAUGUCUAAAGAAGGUCAAAACUGAAAACCCUCUGAUUCUUAUUGAUGAGGUAGAUAAGAUUGGUCGUGGCUUCCAGGGUGACCCAUCCUCUGCACUGCUUGAGUUGCUUGACCCGGAACAGAAUUCAAACUUCUUAGAUCACUACUUAGAUGUUCCUGUAGAUAUGUCAAAGGUGCUUUUUAUUUGCACUGCCAACGUGACAGAUACCAUACCAGAGCCUCUCCGAGACAGGAUGGAGAUGAUUGAUGUAUCUGGAUAUGUUGCUCAAGAAAAAGUGGCCAUUGCAGAGAGAUACCUUGUACCCAUGGCAAGGGACCAUACUGGAAUAGAGGAUCAGGUUACCAUCGAUACUGACGCCAUGAAUCAACUUAUCAAGGCUUAUUGCAGAGAAAGUGGAGUCAGGAAUCUGCAGAAACACAUUGAAAAGAUCUACCGUAAGGCUGCAUACAAGAUGGUCCAUGAUUCUGCAGACUCCAUCCAUGUAACCACUGAAAACCUUCAUGACUUUGUCGGCAAGCCUCUGUUCACCAGUGAUAGGAUGUAUGAGAAGACACCAGUCGGAGUUGUCAUGGGUCUCGCCUGGACGUCAAUGGGUGGGUCAACACUCUACAUUGAAACCUGCCUCUCUCGGAGCCCUAAUCCUGACUCAAAAGACGUCACCGGGUCCAUGCAACUGACUGGUAACCUAGGCAACGUGAUGAAAGAGAGUGCAGAGAUCGCUUACACUUUCGCCAAGUCGUUCCUUCUUGAUCAGCCACCAAUAGAGGGCGGGAUACCGUUGCAGUCUUCUCAAGUCCAUCUUCACGUUCCAGAGGGUGCCACACCCAAGGAUGGUCCAAGCGCUGGCUGCACCAUAGUAUCAGCUCUCCUCUCAUUGGCUAUGGGUCGACCAAUCAGACAGAACGUUGCUAUGACGGGGGAGGUCUCACUGACGGGCAAGGUUCUACCUGUUGGAGGCAUCAAAGAAAAGACUAUAGCUGCCAAGCGAGCUGGGGUAGAUUGCAUCAUUUUGCCAGCUGAAAACAGGAAGGACUUCUCUGAUUUACCAAGCUUCAUCACCGAAGGUCUGGAGGUCCAUUUUGUUGAGCAUUACCGUGACGUCUUUAGCAUCGUCUUUCCAUGAAGAUGAAGAAUAUUUGAAAACUUUUCAAGACAAAAUGAAUUCGUACACUUGUUUUCCUCAGCGUAAGUCCAUGCAAUCUUCGCCCUGUAUUGAACACGAAGGGAGAAAAUCAUCUUUACUGAGGAGUAGAGGUCUAUUUUGUUGAGCAUUACAGUGAUGUCUACAAAACUGCUUGACAGGAGAAGUAUUUGACUCCUAAGAAACUCUAAGAAACUCUUCAGGACAGUUAACGCAAUAUGCACCAAUACAAAAGCAAGUGUAAAUUUGUAAACUUCACUACAUAUAGAAAAUGAAAGAAGGUCAUCGUCAUCACCGAUGGUCUUCAACUUUGUCUUUCCAGGAAAACGUAUGUCUUAAAAAAUCUUCUAGACCGUUCAAGUGAUGCACUCUCGUGCAUCUGAUAUUCUGUACAACCUUCACUACACAAAUAAAAUAAAAGAAGAACAUCAUCUUUGUCAAAGGCCUGGGGCUCCAUUUUGUCAUUCAUUUUCUGGAAUGUCUUAAAAAUUGUCUUUCCAGGAAAUCAUUAUCUAAAAAUCUUCAAUACAUAUGAUCAAGCAAUACACACUAGUGCAACCAGUGUAUAUCUGUGCAAAUUUCAUGAGGUACAGGACAUGGACAAAGAUCUUCAUCUUCACUGGAAGCUGUAAGGUCUACUUUGUUAAGCAUUACUUACUAUUGUGUUUUCAAAAUUGUGUUUACACGGAAUGCACUCUGAUGCAGCUUAGUGUCAGUCUGUAAACUCUUCACUACUUAUUUCAUAUUUCUUACAGCAUCCAGAGAAUAUCAUGUUCUUUGAGUCUUUGCUAUCUGAUUUCAAUUAUGUGUUAUCUUGUAUGGGUUGUUUUCAAUUGGAGAUAUGUAGUAUAUCAAACAAUAUGAUUUCAUACUACUUGUUUUGUGUUUCUAUUUUAUUUUUACAUUGAUUGGACAUACUGCUUGCAAUCAUGAUCAUGCAUUUCAUUACAAGGUUUAUGGGAAUUUUUUUUUUUUCAUUCUACAAUGGUAAAUGGUGGAGCUAGGAUGUUGAAAUAGUGAGGGUGCAGAUAUUUCUUAGAUUUAGCUCUAUUAAUAUAUGAUCAAGGGACAAUUCUCAAAAUGUAGAGUGGGACAUGCACCCUUUGAGCCCCCGCCUAGAUCCGUCAUGUAAAUGAUAUACUUGCCAGUUCCCUCACUUUAGAUCAUUUAGGGGCAGGGUCUGUUUUUCUAAAAUGAAAUUGACCGUCCUCUUUUUUCUUUCUUUUUUUAAAAUGAAUAUCUGCUCAAUUAUGAUUAAUAACUGACUUUGUUAUCUCUCCAUGUUCAAUAUAUGUCAUGGUACUCAUUGUUUUGUAACAUCGCAUUUGUUGAAUCUACAAGUAAUCUACAAUUAUUUUGUAACCCAUUUGUAUGGAACUAUUUAAAAUAAAUAUUUCUUUUCACAAUUGAUAUUACCUUAUACAGGUAUCUCAAGUUUGAUGUAAAGAAACAGCAUAUUAUCUUUAUAUUUGAUAAAGGAAACACAUUGUCAUGUUAGAAAGAUGUUCAAAAUUUUGCUAUUAGAAGAAUAUUGGGAGAUAAGUUUAACUUUAAGCUUAAUAUGAAAUAAAACUUAUUAAAAUGGUUUCUGUAUCGAAUGUCAUGAGUGUAUAAAAUUACAAUAAACUGGCUAUG